AUGCCUCCAAAAGCGUACGGUCAAGGUCCAUACGCUUCACAACUGAAGAAGCUCGAGUCAGAUAUCAAAGAUGUGCAGAAGCGUAUCAACGAGAAACUUGGUGUUAAGGAAUCCGACACCGGUCUCGCUUCACCUAACCUCUGGGAUCUUCCCGUCGACCGUCAACGUAUGAGCGAGGAACACCCCCUACAAGUCGCUCGCUGUACCAAGAUCAUUCCCGUCGAUGAAACUGUAGCUGAGGUUGCUCGUUCGGUCAACCCUCUCGGAGCUGUGCAGGGACAGAAGGGUGCGGACGAGCAGACGAAAUAUGUUAUCAAUAUCAAACAGAUUGCGAAGUUCGUUGUGGGCCUCGGAGAGCGAGUGGCACCGACAGAUAUUGAAGAGGGUAUGCGUGUUGGUGUCGACCGGAACAAGUAUCAGAUUCAGAUUCCUCUGCCUCCGAAGAUUGACGCGUCUGUUACGCUCAUGCAAGUCGAGGAGAAACCAGACGUGACUUACUCCGACGUCGGUGGAUGCAAGGAGCAGAUCGAGAAGUUGCGGGAAGUCGUCGAAACACCAUUACUCUCACCAGAACGUUUCGUCAACCUCGGUAUCGACCCUCCUAAGGGUGUUCUCCUUUUCGGCCCCCCAGGUACCGGCAAAACCCUCUGCGCCCGCGCUGUAGCCAACCGAACAGAUGCUACCUUCAUCCGUGUCAUUGGUUCCGAGCUUGUCCAGAAGUAUGUCGGUGAGGGUGCGCGUAUGGUCCGAGAGCUAUUCGAGAUGGCGAGGAGUAAGAAAGCGUGUAUCAUUUUCUUCGAUGAGGUGGAUGCCAUUGGUGGAGCGCGGUUCGAUGAUGGGGCUGGAGGUGAUAAUGAAGUGCAGAGAACGAUGUUGGAGCUGAUUAAUCAGUUGGACGGUUUCGAUCCACGAGGAAAUAUCAAAGUAUUGAUGGCCACCAACAGGCCGGAUACUCUUGAUCCUGCGCUCCUCCGUCCUGGACGUCUUGACCGCCGAGUCGAGUUCUCACUACCGGAUAACGAGGGUCGCGCACAUAUUCUCCGUAUUCACGCCCGCAGCAUGAGCGUCGAGCGGGACAUCCGUUUCGAUCUCAUUGCCCGCCUGUGCCCUAAUACGACUGGUGCUGAGUUGCGGUCAGUAGCGACUGAGGCUGGUAUGUUCGCCAUUCGGGCACGGAGAAAGGUGGCGACGGAGCGUGACUUCUUGGAUGCCGUCGAGAAGGUCGUCAGGCAAGGGACGAAGUUCUCCUCCACAGCUCGCCAUGGAUUCAUCCAUAAACGCACCCCCGAACCCGCAUCACCUGAGCUCGCCUCUCUCCUUGCGAUCUAUGCCCAACAACCACCCCGCCCUCUGACCCUCGGCACCCUUCUCUCCUUGGGCGAUCCGCUCACUGAAGACUCUGUGCUCAAAUCUGCGUCGUAUGCACAGAGUGAGAUUCCGAGAAGGUUGGCGACACGAAUUAGGUCGUUGGAGGGGCUGCCGUUCAUUGUGGGUACGAAUCCGUAUGUGGCGAGGAUUAUGGAGGGUUUCAGGAAGAGUUUUGAGGGCGUCGCUAGGUUCGGUGACCAAGGUGAGGACAAGGAUGCGGAAGAGAAGGGUGAGAUUGAGAUUGAGGACGUUCGAAAGGCGAGGAUGUUGGAGGAGAAUGAGAGGUUCGCGGGUAUGUUAGAGGGGCUUGUGAGGAAUCACGCCAAUGAUAUUCCGACAAUUGCCAAAGGCUUUCAGGAAAGUCAGAGGUACAUGUCACCGGAGCGUAUUUCCAGUUUCCUCGACGCUGCUAUACGGAACCGUGUCGCCGUUCGACUUAUAGCAGAGCAGCACAUUGCCCUAACGCAUGCGCUCAAGGCUCAAUCACAAGGAGACAGCGAGUUCGCGGAGCAUUAUAGGAACCAUAUUGGGAUUGUGAAUAUGAAGUGCUCGCCCGUCGAGAUGAUACGUAUGGUGGGCUCGUUUGUGAGCGAGUUAAGCGAGGCAACGCUUGGUGCCAGUCCCUCUCUUGUCAUUGACGGGCAUACUGAUGCCACCUUUGCCUACGUCCCCGUCCAUCUCGAAUACAUCCUCACCGAGAUCCUCAAAAACGCCUUCCGUGCCACCGUCGAACACCACAUCAAGUCUAAGAGCCAAUCUUCCCUCCCUCCAGUCCACAUAACGAUCUCUCCUCCACCACCACAUCUCCCACCCUCUGUCCCCUCCUUCCUCUCCCUCCGUGUCCGGGACCAAGGCGGUGGCGUCCACCCAUCCCAUCUCCCACGCAUAUUCAGCUACUCAUUCACGACGGCAAGCUCGGAAGGUGCGGCUCACGAUGAGGAUUUGGAAGGCGGGCCGUAUGCAGCACAACAUGUCGGUGGGAGCGCGGCUGUGGGUGGCCCAGGGAGUGGAGGACCGGGAGAGGUCAAUUUGUUUGGAGAGAUGACGAAGCAGGGGGUGCAGACGGGGUUGGGAACCAUUGCGGGGCUUGGGUUUGGGUUGCCGAUGAGUCGGUUGUACGCUAGGUAUUUCGGAGGAUCAUUGGACUUGUAUUCUAUGCAUGGAUGGGGUAGCGAUGUGAUCCUUAAACUUCGGUGUCUGGACACAGCACCAUCUAUGGAAAUAUAAAUUUAUAUCAUGCGUAAUCCUCGCAGGAGUUUCGUCG